AUGGCAAAUGGCGGCGGUAAUGGUAAUGGCGGUAGCGGAAACACUAACAACGAUGCAGCAAGCAAUAGGACAGUGGAAUUACAGCCCCACCCGGUGAAAGAACAACUCCCCGGAAUUCAGUAUUGUGUCAAUAGUCCUCCUCCUUGGUUUGAAGCGGUAGUGUUGGGUUUCCAGCAUUAUUUGUUGAGUCUUGGCAUCACAGUUCUUAUUCCCAGUCUCUUAGUUCCACUUAUGGGAGGUGGUGAUGCAGAAAAAGCUAAAGUUAUACAUACAAUGCUAUUUGUGUCUGGAUUAACAACAUUGUUCCAGUCUUUCUUCGGAACUCGAUUGCCUGUGAUAGCUGCUGCCUCUUAUGCCUAUAUUGUACCUAUCACUUCCAUCAUUUGCUCAACCCGCUUCACAACCUACACUGAUCCUUUUGAAAGGUUUGUGAGAACAAUGAGAAGCAUACAAGGAGCUCUGAUUAUCACUGGUUGUUUCCAAGUUCUUGUAUGUUUCUUAGGUGUAUGGAGAAAUAUCAUCAGGUUUCUAAGCCCACUCUCCAUUGCUCCUUUGGCGACGUUUACCGGACUAGGUCUCUACCAAAUCGGUUUCCCUUUGCUGACAAGAUGCGUUGAAGUCGGACUUCCCGGGUUAAUCUUACUUGUUUUUAUCACCCAGUACCUACCGCGCUGUCUAAAGAUGAAGCAAGGGAUGUUUGGGGAUGGAUCAAGAUGCGACCGUUAUGGGAUGUUAAUAUGCAUUCCAUUGGUUUGGUUGUUUGCUCAGCUACUCACAUCUAGUGGUGUUUAUGACCAUAAGCCUCAAACUACUCAAACAAGUUGCCGUACAGACCGUACUGGCCUCAUAUCCAACACUCCCUGGAUAUUCAUACCAUAUCCUUUCCAAUGGGGAAGCCCAACCUUCGACGUCACUGAUUCUUUCGCGAUGAUGGCUGCCUCUUUCGUCUCUCUAUUUGAGUCGACGGGUCUGUUCUAUGCAUCCGCAAGAUAUGGAAGCGCGACCCCGAUUCCACCAUCUGUUGUUAGCCGUGGCACUGGCUGGCUGGGAGUUGGAAUAUUACUCAACGGCAUGCUUGGAGGCGUCUCAGGGAUCACAGCAUCAGCAGAAAAUGUUGGACUUUUGGCAAUGACUAAGAUUGGGAGUCGAAGAGUAAUACAAAUAUCAGCUGCCUUCAUGCUUUUCUUCUCCGUUUUUGGAAAGUUUGGAGCAUUUUUCGCGUCAAUACCAUUACCAAUCAUGGCGUCUGUUUACUGCAUCGUCUUGUGUUUUGUUUCAUCUGCGGGGCUUAGCUUUCUACAGUUUUGCAACCUAAACAGCUUCAACACAAAAUUCAUUUUGGGAUUUUCCUUUUUCAUGGCUAUUUCAAUCCCUCAAUACUUUAGAGAAUACUACAAUGGAGGUUGGAGGUCUGAUCAUCGCUCAAGUUGGUUGGGAGAUGUGGUAAGAGUGAUAUUCAUGUCACACACAACGGUUGCGGCAAUCAUAGCAAUAAUACUUGAUUGCACAUUAUGUCGUGAGAAUGAUGAAGCCAAGAAAGAUUGUGGACUGAAAUGGUGGGAGAAAUUUCGACUAUACAAUCUUGAUGUCCGAAACGAUGAGUUUUAUGGUCUACCUUGCUGCCUCAACAAAUCCUUCCCUUCUCAUUGA